CAGGAGCGGAAGCUGCUCAUUUCGGGACCAGAGUGUGGAUCAUGGCAUCGAUUUUGCUGUUUGGUUUGAUAUUAUCGGUGGCUGCUACAGUCCCUGAAGUCUGGAUGCAAAGUGCUCCGCCAGGUUUGCUGAAGACUGAAUGCCGCGACAGUGUUUUUUGGGUUGGAUUGAAUAAGGAUUUUCUUGCUGGGAAGUUCUGGCAGAUUAGCGUUGUUGAUCCUGCUGGUAAAAUACAUCUUGUUACACCAAGGUUUGCUUCACAGUGUGGUUACACAAUUACAGUGGAUUCCUGGAAUAAUGUUGAAUUCCGUGCCUCUGUCCUUAGCUGCUGUGUACAUAUUGUGAAUGAUGAACAGUUCAACCUCACUAUACAAAUACAUGUAGGAACUGACAGGAUCAAGGCUACAACAUAUAUUCAGGCUCUAUCAUGUAUGUACUCCCCAUGGGCUGCAAGGGAAAUCUUCUGUGAAGAAAACUACAUGCAGGUUUCAGUACAAAGGAAGAUCCCACCAAUUGAAGAAGAUUAUGCACAGGAUUCUCAGGACUGGUCUUUAAUACUUCCAGAAGCAAGCAGUGCAGAAAGUGGAAUAUGGCAAGUGGUAUUUCAUGUAUCUGGUGACAAAAGGAUUAUGACUGUGAAAGAAGCUCAUCAAAUGAACUAUGGAAUCAAUAGUACAGUGUCUCGCAUAUUGCUUCGUGCUCCAUAUCAUACAAAUGAGGCUCAAACAGUUUUGGUCCAGGGUAUGCCCUUGACGGUAAUACGAUCAAGUACUUUUUACAAACAGCAUUGGAUGAUUCUUGUUGUUGACACUGCUGUGGCUUGUCCCAUUGAUGGUACCUCAUUCAGUGAUGACACGAUCAUCUGGACAGUACCAAGAAUCUUCACUCCAAUUGUAACCAGUGCAGUUCAUCAAGACAACCACUCCAUGGGAGUGAAUGGGAUAAAGUUGGAUCCUACAACAAUGGCAGAAAGAAGCUACACCAUUGACCAGAAUGAUACAGCUGUUGCAAUAAAGGUCCCAAUUGGAGCACAGGAUGGAUACUAUAAGAGCCAUGUGGUGGAUGGACAGUAUGGUAUCAAGUACAGCAUUAACUUGUUCCUGGAGAACCUGUGGGAAGAUGAGGCAUGGGGAUGGAAUAAAAUCAGUGUGAUCCAUCCUGUUACUACACCAUUUAUACCUCAGCCCCUGGUUACCACUGAUGAUACCAUUCCUGAACAAUGGCUAUUCAAUGUCUCAUUGGGCAACUUCCUUCCUGAUGUAGAACUCUCAAAGCUCACUCUGGACUCUCAGUCCUUCCCUGUGGAUGAAGAGAGCCAGAUAUUUCAUGUGUACAGUGGGACAAAUGUAAUUGAGACAGCCUUGAACAGAAUCUUCAUCCUGGAAGUUCCAAUGGAGUCACCAGUUGUGGACAGGAAGUAUAUAGGAGAUGGUGUUGAACAAUAUACGCUUGAUGUCAUCUACACGAUGAUUGUGGUGCCUGAAAAUCUAACAUUUACCCAUACAGUUCACUUAAUACACUACCACAAAAUAGCAUGUUUCCCAAAUGGAAGAAUUGUCAUCACUGCUGUGAGACUUGAAGCAUUGCUGGGAGUGGAUGGCAAAAUGAUGCUGAAAGAUAAAACCUGUAGACCAAAGGAGAGCAGUGCCUUCCAGGCCACCUUUGACUUCUUUGCAAACACGUGUGGGACAAGCAGAAGGUUUGAGGAGGAUUACAUGAUCUAUGAGAACGAAGUAGCUUUCUCCAAAAAGUCAACUAGCGUUCCAAUAUAUCGGCUUGCUGUAUCCUGUCGCUACCAUGUAAAUGACUCCCUACACCUUCAGUUUGAACACAGAGUGAAUCCUCAGCCGACAGUUGUACCUGGAUAUGGGCCUCUGACCUUGAUGAUGCAACUUGCCACAGAUGUGUCGUAUUCCAAGCUGUAUGAGGAAGGUGACUAUCCAGUUGUCAAGUAUCUGACUGAUCCCGUCUACGUUGAAGUGCAGCUGCUGCACAAUGCAGAUCCACAAAUCGAACUGUUCCUGCAGGACUGCUGGGCGACUGCAUCACCAGACAAACACAGCGUUCCACAGUGGGCCCUAAUUAUCAACAGCUGUGAGAACAAAGCUGACUUGUACAGAACCACCUUCCAUCCAGUAACCAAGAAUGAGAGGGUUAAAUAUCCUGCCCACUUCAAAAGGUUUGAAGUCCAGAUGUUUGCUUUCACCCAGGGGAAUAAUUACACCAAGGAACAGGUAUACUUUCACUGCAGUGUAGCCUUGUGCGGGAAGGAGCCAGUAAAUAGAUUCCUGUGUCCUGGCCAAUGUAUACCAAGGAAACAACGGAUAGGUCAUGCUUUUGUGAUGGACUACAGCACAGCUUGUAGACCAGUAACGCUGUACUGACCAGGUGUGUAAUUGCAACAGGUCGCAGUGCUGACACAGCCCAUGUGCAGGGAUAUGUAUCAUCAGGAGCGGUCCUGAUUUUGACAGAGUUCCCUACUGUGGAGAGCAAGAGUCAGCAAGGUGAAGUAUCACCUGUAAUGGUUUUGAGCUGGAUGAGCAAUCCAAAUCAGUGAACUAAUCCAACGUUUUCCUCCUCCUCAGAUGACAACAUGGACUAUUCCAGGACAGUCCU